AUGACUCAAAAUAAGAAAGCUUCAAAACGAUCUUCGGAUGCUCAAACAAAGAUUCGUACCAUGAGACAAGGUCAACAAAAGAUCAAACUUGAUAUUAAGAAACCUUCACCUUCUUUGCCUCCAUUGCCACUUCCCUUUCCGCCCACUCAAAAAGUUGAACAAAUCGUAACAAAACUCGUCGCGAAACCGAGAUUAGCAAGAUUCCCCAAUGCAUUCAUCAUGUAUCGUAAUGAGUACGUUUUAUUCCUGAAAUCGAAAAAUUAUCACAUUUCCAUGACCGAGUUAUCUCCAAUGAUUUCAACCUCUUGGAAGAAAGAACCGGAGUAUGUUAAAGAGACCUACACGAAACUUUCAAGUGAUGCGGAGAAAAUGUACGUUCGUGAGACUGGGAACACCCAACCACAGAUCAACUAUAAAUAUUUGCCAACUCAACGUCCCACGUUGAAGGAAUAUUCUUCAAAACUCGAACCCGAAAUUUCGGUUCCUAAAUUAAACGAGACUCAUCAACCUCAACUAAAUGCCUCGAAUUAUGACUUCUUUAAUGAUUUUAAUAUUUAUGAUCGUUUACUUCAAUCCUUUUCGAUUUCUGCUCCGAACGCAUUUCAACGAAAUUUUACAAAAGAACCCCCCGUGAAUGGUGGCGAUAUAGCCCCCUUUUCCAUUGGUACAACGUCUGAGCUCGCCAAAUAUUCCCUUGAACAUUCUUCCCUUUCAUCGGCAAAGAUUGAUAACCCGAUCGUGCAUCAAGAUAAUUGUUUCGCUACGGAUCCAAAUUUUUUCCCCUGGACCCAAAACAUUUCUCCCUCGAUUCAUGACGAUCUUUCAAAUAUUCGUUCCCCAACCCACCUUCCACAAACCCCACAUUGCUAUAGUCCAUCAUAUUCCCCGACUUCACCUUUGGAAGACUUGAUGAACUCCCCAGGCCUCAUCGGUUUGGACUCUCAAAUUUUGGAAUCAAUGGAAUCAAUGUCACCUUGUUCAACUUCUUCGUCACCUUCUGAUGCUUCUUCAUUUGAUGAUAUUUCUUCUCUAUUAUUCUCGUCAGAACUUGAUGAAAAUAGAUUCUUUGAGAAAGCUGGAUUCGCCGCUCCAGCUUAUCCCACAGAAUCCAUAAAUGCUCAAACUUCACUUCAGUCUUCCGACUUAUAUCAUUUAUAUUCCGGACAAUCAUUUGCAACUCCUUCAACAGUUUUUAACGAUAAAAUUUAA